AUGUGGCCAAAGCGCUCAUACGUCCGGCGGCCUAGAGGAAGGCUGAACCACACCCCGCCACCGCCCGGGCCCAGCUGCAGCCUCCCCGAGCCCCAGUCCCGCUACGGGCGCGUCGCAGGUAGGUCCACCCGCACCCUGGGAGGAAAGAGGCCACCGCCUUUCUCCGCCUGGCAACAAGCCGGACCAUCGAGAGAGAGGCCCGGAGCAAUGUCCAGAAACCCGAGAGAAGGCCGCCGGCCUGUGGAAGAGGGCGGGAGCUACUCAGCCUGGCCUAGCUGCGGGCCAUGCUACUGCCACGCCUCCCCAGGACCAAAAGGAAAACUUCAAAUGAAAAUCUUACCCAAGUUGAAGGAGAAUGUUGAGACAACACAGUUACAUGAGAGUCCUACUACAAAACACAGUAUGCAGUUGAAUGUUGCACACCAAAAAAAACUACAAAAAAGUGAAAUUAAUGAGGAUUCCAAGAACACAAACACUUUUGCACUGAAGGAAUCAAUGACUGAUGAUGAUCUCCAAGGUGAGAGUAAUGCAAUAAACACUCAAAUAAGUUCAGGUAUAACUUCAUCAAGUGACAUUUCUUUCUCUCUUCUGAGAUCUUCUGAUAUAGAUUUUUGUAUAGAAACCACCAGCUUUGAAGAUAGUUUAAGUAGUUUUCCAUCACCUGAAAUAUUCAGGGGAGGAGAGUUUUCAGAUAUUAAUGAUUCCACUACUGAAAGCCAUCUCAAAUUCAAGAACUCUACUUUUCGGGAUACCAGCAGAGCAGUGGCUAUAGAAAAUAUGCAUCAAUUUUCAAAUCUUUCAGCAAUUUUAGAUACUUCCAUUUGUAAAAUUUUGCCUGAAACAGAAAAAACUCCAGAUUGGAAGACCAAGCAAACAAGUUCUUCUGUCCCUGUUGGUAAGAAAAAUAGAAGAUUUCUGACGAGCUCUCCAUCAUCAGAGACAAGCAGGUUUGAGAUUAAUUUGUCCCCAGUACAAAAAUUAUCUUCAGAAGGAGAAUUAAAUCCAAAUACAAGUAAUUAUGUAUAUUCAGAUGAAAUUGUUCCUGCAUCAAGUUCUGAAGAAGAAAAAGAUUCUUGGGAGUCUCAAUGCAUUGCAUCUGAAAUGUGCUGUAUAAUUAAAUCAUCACCAAGAAAUCAAUGUACAGAGAUGCCAUAUUGCUGUCCUAAAGGAGUGUCUACAGAUGUGAUAAAUGAGCCAGUGGAUAAGGAGAGAUUGAAAAGUAAGGACAGAAUGAACACUAUUGAAAGGAUAGACACGCAGUGGAGAGAAGAGCAAACAAACUCUUCUGUCACCAUUCGUGAGAAAAAUGUGGAAUUACUGGGAAGCUCUCCAUCAACUGACACAGGCAGGUUUGAGGCUCCAUGUCUUGUAUCAGAAAUAUGCUGUAUUGUCAAAACAUCACCAAACGUUAGAUGCUCAAGUAUGCCAGAUUGUCCACAUAAAGGAAUAUUAAAAGAUAUGGUCAAAAAACAAGAAGAUAAAGAGGAAUUAAAAACUAAGGGGAGAGUAGACACAACUGAAGGGACAAGCAACCAGUGGAGAGAGAAGGUGAUGGAAUCAAAACCUCAAGUACAGAGGGUUGUCACUGCCAAGCACUCAUGCAUUACAUCUGACAUGUGCUGUAUUGUUAAAGCAUCACCCAGAAUUAGAUGUAUGAAGAUGCCAUGUUGCCCUCCCAAAAGAGUAUCUAAAGAUAUCAUAAUGACAGAUGGCUGUGAUGGCUGAGCUUUUCAUUGCCAUUCAAGAUUAACAUAUGAAGAGAAGCCUGAAUUUACCUGAAAGAAAGAAGUGGCAAUGACCCUGGUUCAGAUUCUCAAUGAGAAGUACCUUUGUUGCUGUGCUAGAUGUAUUUCUUUCUAUAUUCAGACUAUCUGUUAAAUAGUUUUCAUCUUUUCCCUUUGGUCUGUUAAAUAAGCUUCUUCUCUUUGGCAUGCUAUCCCAGGAUGCCAUUUGAUUUGAAAAGGAAAACUGAAUUUAUGUGUAGCUGAAAUUGGAAGGCGAGAUCACUGUGCACUAAACCAAAAGAUGUUUGCUUAUGGAGUCAGC